AUGGCGGCCAUGCGGAGAAGGCUCAUGCCCGUCGUCGCCUUCUGCCGUCGCGCUCCCGGACCCAGACCCUGCUGCCGCUUCCUGCACUCUCCCUCCCUCCUCGACGCCGUCGCCGCCUCCGCCUCCUCGUCGCCCAACCUCCUCUUGCGCAGCUCCGACUCGCUCCCGCCGGCGAAGAGCGUCAGCGAAGUCGUGGCGGACGCCCCGAGGGGCGCUUGGUCCGUCGAGCAACUCUCUCGGCAGCUAGGUCGCUGGCUCCCUUCGGCCGAUGGCGUGGUGCUGGUGCUCGUCGGCGCCAAUGUCGCCGUCUACGCGCUCUGCCGACUGGCGGAUCCGACGAUCAUGAUGAAUCACUUCGUGACUUCGCUGGACAAUUUCAAGAGCGGGCGGUUGCACACGCUGCUCACCAGCGCUUUCAGCCACAGGGAUGCUAACCAUCUCUUGAAUAACAUGACCGGACUCUACUUCUUCGGUUCAAGCAUUUCCGUCAUGUUUGGUCCUGCUUUCCUUCUGAAGAUGUACCUAACAGGAGCACUUACUGGAUCUGCUGCCUUCUUGGCAGAAAUGACUUUUCUAGCUCCACGAAAACAGGGUCGUGGAGGAUGGAAAACUCCUAUGCUUGGUGCAAGUGGUGCAGUUAAUGCAAUCACUCUUCUCGUGAUAUUUCUGUAUCCAAGGGAACUACUAGACUUGCACUUCUUCAUUCCUGUUCCAGCUGCAUUCGUGGGAGCUCGUAUGAUUGGUACUGAUUUGUGGAGGAUGAAGAAGGGGCCUGCAUGCCUCCACACUGGUGGCCUCUUGACUAUAGUGUCGGUCUGA